AUGGAUCUCGACCAAUAUCCCACACGCUCCUGGACAGAACGGGCCAGACGCAUCGUCAAGACAUUUACCACGAAAGACGGCCUCGUCGGCGACUAUGACUACGCUUACCUCUUCACCCCUCGCAUCCCUUUCACCAAAAAGUCCCGACAGUCCGCUCCCUUUUUCGGUCUCGAUGAUCAAGUCCCUGUCCUCCUGGCUUUGCUGCUAGGUCUGCAACACACCCUGGCCAUGUUGGCCGGCGUUAUCUCCCCUCCUAUCCUGCUGGGGGGUUCGUCGGGUGCGAAUUUCGGGACCGAAACGUAUCAGUACCUCGUGUCGACUUCGCUGAUCACCGCUGGGCUGCUGUCCCUGAUUCAGAUGACGCGGAUGCAUAUAUGGAAGACAAAGUAUUAUGUUGGAACUGGGUUGAUUUCCGUGGUAGGGUGCUCGUUUGCGACGAUUACUGUUGCCAGUGGUACCUUCACCCAGAUGUACUCGUCGGGGUAUUGUCCGGUUGACACCGAGGGAAACCGUCUGCCAUGUCCACGCGGAUACGGCGCAUUGCUGGGAACCUCGUGUCUGUGUUCGUUGCUGGAAAUAGGCCUGUCCUUCCUGAGCAGCAAGGUCCUGAAACGCCUCUUUCCGCCGCUCGUCACCGGCCCGACUGUCCUAUCAAUUGGAGCCUCGCUUCUGGAAACCGGCAUGAAGGACUGGGCUGGUGGCUCAGGUAGCUGUGGAAAUGACCCGGCCAGCCGUGCCCUGUGCCCCAGUGCAGACGCUCCACACGCCCUCCCUUGGGGCAGCGCCGAGUUCAUUGGUCUAGGGUUUCUGGUCUUUGUCACCAUCAUCAUCUGUGAACGCUUCGGAGCACCUAUCAUGAAAUCCUGCGCUGUCAUCAUCGGUCUCUUGGUGGGAUGUAUUGUCGCAGGCGCCUGCGGGUACUUUGAUCGUUCCGGAAUUGACGCCGCCCCAGUUGCCUCGUUCAUCUGGGUCAAAACCUUCCCUCUAACCAUCUACCCCCCGUUAAUCCUCCCGCUGCUGGCCGUGUACAUCGUGGUCAUGAUGGAAUCCAUCGGCGACAUCACAGCCACCUGCGACGUCUCCCGCUGCGAAGUUGAAGGCCCCGAGUUCGACUCUCGCAUUCAAGGCGGCGUCCUAGGGAACGGCAUAACCUGCCUCCUCGCCGGCCUAUGCACCCUCACCCCCAUGUCCGUCUUCGCACAGAACAAUGGCGUCAUCGCCCUGACCAAAUGCGCCAACCGCAAGGCCGGAUACUGCUGCUGCUUUUUCCUGCUGGUCAUGGGCAUUUUCGCCAGGUUCGCUGCUGCCCUAGUCGCCAUUCCCAGUCCGGUUUUCGGCGGCAUGACGACUUUUCUCUUCUCGUCGGUUGCUGUCUCUGGUAUCAAAAUCAUCGCGUCUGUGCCGUUUACCCGACGUAAUCGCUUUAUUCUCACUGCGUCUUUUGCCAUCGGUAUGGCUGCCACCUUGGUACCAGAUUGGUUCUCGUACGUUUUUACAUACAGCGGCGACAACCACGGCUUGACGGGCCUGCUCGAUGCGAUAGACCUGGUGAUGGAGAAUGGCUUUGCGAUCACCGCGUUGAUCGGAUUAGUGUUGAACCUCAUUCUACCCGAGAAUCCGGAUGAGGAGAUGGCCAUCGUGAACGCCCACAUGCAGGCCCCGGUUAGCCAGGAAAACAAGAACGAGGAACGGUCGAGUAGUAAAGCGGAGUCGGAGCCUUCUGGUUCUGCCGCUGUAUAA